AGCGGUCGCGUCGGCUACGCAGUUACUCGACAUCGAAAUUCGACUUGUUGCGAUGUUUUUUCAAUUUAAAAAUAAAAUAGAUUCCAGUUCUUUUGUCUUUGGAAAAUAAUUAAAGGUGGACAUUUAAGUGGACUAUGAAUAUUUAAUAAAGACUGUCAACAAGCACGGAAGUAACAUUUUGUAUUCAAUAUAUCUCUGCUGUAUAAAUAAAAUAAAUUACACUCCUGUUAAUUAAACUGCUAGCAAAGGUUUGACUAUUCAUACAAUGAUAUGUAACGUGAUAAAUAAAUUGAACUGUCUUGUAGUAAUAGUCAUUGAGUUAUGAAAAAAUUGCGUGUAAGAAAUACUAUUCACUUGACCUGUAAAUAACAUAUUAUAUACUUACAUAAAGUUUUUAUUCUGAUUAAUAAUAAAAACAAUAACGAAAAAAUAAACGUACGUUUAGAUACAAGUCCAGGAACGUGUUAUGAAGCGGACAUAGACAAAAAUGGAACAGUGCUAAUGGCCGGGUGGAAUGGACGAAAUGUGAAUGAAAAUGUACAGUUUUGGGGCCGCAGUGAAUAGUUGAUGAGGCGGGAUGAAGAUUGUGAGGACUUGUUUUUGGUCCUUGCUGCAGGCUCUUGCACUCUUACCAACCAUGGCCCAGAAAGAUUCCCAAUUGACUACGAAGAAAUUUUCCGAAGACCCGGAGUUUGAGAGGCCGAUAGGGAACCACACGUUCUUCGUGGGAAGAGAGGCGGUAUUAGGUUGUGCUGUGUCUAACUUAGGGAAACACAAAGUGGGUUGGCUACGUGCAGAAGAUCAGACAGUGUUGACGAUGCACGAGCGAGCAGUGCUGCCGGCGAGGUACUCCAUCAACUUGGACGCGCCCAUGACUUGGCAGUUAAGGAUUAGACGGCUGAGAGCCGAAGACAGGGGCUGCUACAUGUGUCAGAUCAACACACAACCCAAUAUGAAGUACCAGAUUGGCUGCAUCGAUGUUUACGUGCCACCGGACAUCGUCAGCGAUGACACGUCAGCUGACGUCUCGGUCCAAGAGCUGGAGAAUGCCACCCUCACUUGCAAGGCCACAGGUCACCCUCCUCCGAAAAUCACAUGGAGAAGGGAGGACCACGAGCCUAUACUGCUGAAGAAACUGCAGUCCAGAGAUUUUGAGAAAGUUGAGAGCUACGUGGGUAAUUCCCUGCCUCUGUGGCGGGUGGACCGCAGACAAAUGGGCGCGUUCCUCUGCAUAGCGUCCAAUGACGUGCCACCGGCUGUCAGCAAGCGUAUCAUUCUGCUUGUCAAUUUCGCUCCAACAGUAAAAGUGCCAAACCAGUUGCUGGGCGCUCCGCUGGGCACCGACGUCAAGCUCAAGUGCUACGUGGAGGCCUACCCUAAUACAAUCAACUAUUGGAUCAAGAAUCGAGGAGAGAUGUUGCUUGAUGGGCCUAAAUACACUAUAAGAGAAGAGAAGACGUCAUACAAGGUGUCAAUGUGGCUGACAAUCCGUCAGUUCUCCAAAAGUGACAUUGGCACUUACAACUGCGUGAGUACCAACUCAUUGGGCAAGAGUGAAGGCACCCUUAGAUUAUACGAAAUAAAACUGAAUUCUUACACGGAGGACUUCAGCAAUCAAAUCAGUGUCGCCGGAGGUCUCACGGAAGCAGCCAAAGGAAACUCCAGUGCGGAAACUAAGAUAGAAAGAACAUUGUUGUUACUAUUAUUCUGUUACAUUUUGUGUAUGUUCACGUAGUGUAAUGUAAAUAUUGUUAAGAGAUGCUUUAAAUGAAACGUAAUUCAAUUACAUGUUUCAAUUUGUGUAAAUAUCUAAUGUAUUGUAAGAUAAUGUUCGUUGUCAGGUAGUGCGGGUUUACUCAAAGUUGGUUUUAGAAUUAAUUGGGCCUAUAAUUAAAAAUACGACCCAAUCGAUUGUAAGCAAAAACUAGGUGACGUGUCCUUGUUUUAUUAUUACUUCUUAUAAUGUAUAAAAACGCUGUAAUUUUCUUUUUCUAGUUUAUAUUAUAACUUUGGGGCUAAUUCAAUCUGUGUAAAUUGUCCGGAUAUAUUUAUUUAUUUUGUUUAUUUUUCUAUACUAUAUAUAAUUAAUACAAAGGCAAACAUUUGUGAUUUUGUAUGUUUGAAGCGGGUAAUCUCCGAAACUACCGUACCGAUUUCAAAAGUUCUUUCACCAUUACAAAAGUACAUUAUCCAAGAUUGCUAUGGGCUAUAUUUUAUCCCAAAAUUUCCACGGGACCGAAGCCCCGCGCAACAUCUAGUUUUAUAUAAAUUGAUGCACAUCAUAUUAUGCGAUCACUGUUUAGUUUCAUUAAUAUUUCGAAAUAAUUUUUGAAAAACGAAUGUUUUUUUUUUAAGUGAGCAACUUUGAGUAAAACUCUCCUACCUCGAUGAUUAUAAAAAACACGUAACAACGACAAAAUUAUAUCCAAUAAUUAGAUCGUGUAACAGUUUGCUUAGAACCGCCAAAUGAAAAUUGUUUGUAUCAUCGCUCGAAUAAGACUGUUUACAAAAAAAAUAAAUGAGAUAAUAC